AUGGUGGCCAUGGAUGUUGUUCGCCCAACACUUAACGGCUCCGAGAAACCGAAUCACUUACAUUAUCUCCGUGAUUUUCGAGUAGAAGCAUGUCCGCAAUUUAAACAGCACCAGUGCCAACAGCAUCGCCCAUAUACUUGUUUUAACUGGCAUUUUGCUAAUCAGCGAAGACGUCGUCCUGUAAGACGAUCGGAUGGUACUUUUAACUACUCGGCCGAUGUGUACUGUGAUAAAUACGACGAAAAUACUGGUAUAUGCCCGGAUGGAGAUAGUUGUAAUUUUUUACACCGCGUAGCGGGAGAUGUAGAACGCAAAUAUCACUUGCGAUAUUAUAAAACAGCUAUGUGUGUACAUCCAACAGAUGCACGUGGUAUUUGCGCUAAAAACGGUCCUCACUGUGCGUUUGCGCAUAGUGUUCAGGAUCUUCGACAAGCCGUGCACGAUUCUCAGGAAAGUCAGAAUGGCGCCUUAUUAGAUCCAGAAAACCGCGAAAGAACUAGUUUUGUUGUGGAAGAUCCUCUUUGGCAUGACCAAGUUCAUGUCUUGUCAUGCUAUAAAACCGAACAGUGCAAAAAACCAGCUCGCCUUUGCCGUCAAGGCUAUGCAUGUCCAUUUUACCACAACUCGAAAGAUCGUCGAAGACCACCAGCUGUGCAUAAGUAUCGAUCAACUCCAUGUCCGACAGCGAAGUCAGCAGAUGAAUGGUUAGAACCAGAACAAUGUGAGAAUGGUGACGACUGUGGAUACUGUCAUACAAGGACCGAACAACAGUUCCAUCCUGAAAUAUAUAAGUCAACGAAAUGUAAUGAUAUGCUUGAUCACGGUUAUUGCCCACGUGCCGUGUUUUGCGCAUUUGCGCACCACGAUUCCGAGUUGCAUGUACAACGUGCCCCAUAUUAUCGGUCAAGUAACAAUCCAGAUGCACCCAUGCCGCUGAAACAGAGUAGCAGCUCUACUAGUUCAGGGAACGCAGAAUCUACAGCUUCUCCUACGAUCCGACCAGGUUGGAAUAAUGCAGUUUUGAAGCAGAGGCAAACACCAGGAAAAAGCGUUUCAUCAGGUGGUAGCGACGAGGGGUCUCAAAGCAGUUAUCCGAAAGCUCCAGGCUUUGAACGUGUUCAAAUUUCGGCAAGUCUUAAUUCUAACUUCCUAGUCUUCGAAUUGUAUAUGAUACCGCAAUGCGUAGCGGAUAGCGCUAUUGGUCGCAUACGAACUUCUUCAUUAAAUAUGGGGCAACUAGAUUUAGGAUAUUCAGUAACAAGUGCUAACGAAGCUUUAGUGUCAUCGUUGCCCACUUUUUCGUCGUUGAAUGCUAUUGCUCGUUCCACAUCAGAUGCACCAAUGCGCACAUUGCCUGCAGCGAUUGAUGAACUUUCUUUGGAUGAACUGUCUGGCAGUGCACUUUCUCCUAUAUCCGAACAAAAGGAACACAAAUUUUUGUCUGAUUUUUUCACCAGUCCGCCUAUGACAUCUUCUUCACCAAUGCAAAUCCCCAAUUCGAACUCUCCAUUUGGCUCUCCACCAUUAGCUUCCCUUGGCGAGUCAUUGUUUCAGCAGAAUAAAAGGACUAUCGAUUUACCUUCAGCUACUACACAGUUGAAGGGGUUAAUGGGAUUACCAGGAUCGCUGAAUUCAGAUCUUUUGAAAACGGAUUUAUCCAUACCGCAACACGAAAUGAGCAAAGAGGAGUUACAAAAAGAAUUAAAGAGGAAAAGUGAGGAACUCGUUGCCCAUCAUCAGAAAUUAACUGCAUGGGAAGAAGGUCUGAAACAAGCACGUCAGGCUUGUGAAGCAUGGAAAAAAGAUGCUGAAUAUUAUCGUUGUGUUGCGGAGCAAGCAGAAGUUGACAAGUCAAAAGCGUUAUAUGAACGGGAUCAGGCACUGUUACAACUUGAUUUGCUCAAGCGUGAAUUGCGAAUAAAUACAGCAGUUCGACCGCCGUCACCGAUAGAUUCUUUACAAAAUUUCUCAUCUCUAGGAUCAUUCAAUUUGUUUGUACCGAUUGAAAACGAUGUUCAGAACGGAAGCGGUGGUCCGGUAUGCGCACGUUGUGGACGCGAAAAAAGGGCCGACUCUAGGAAUCCUUCUUGCCGCCUUUGCUGUAGUUGA